AUGCUGCUACUGAAUGAAACACACCUGACCCCAACCUCCCUGAUUCUUAAUGGGAUCCCAGGGCUAGAGGACAUGCACAUCUGGAUUUCCUUCCCAUUCUGCUCCAUGUAUGUAGUGGCCAUGGUUGGGAACUGUGGACUUCUCUACCUCAUCAGCUUUGAGGACUCCCUGCACAGGUCAAUGUAUUACUUCUUAGCCAUGCUGUACUUCACUGACCUUGUCAUGUGCACCGCAAGCAUCCCCAAAGCCCUCUGCAUCUUUUGGUUCCACCUAAAGGAAAUUAGCUUUGAUGAAUGUCUCAUCCAGAUGUUCUUUAUUCACACUUUCACAGUGGUGGAGUCUGGAGUGCUCAUGCUUAUGUCCCUGGACCGCUACGUGGCCAUCUGCUUCUCUUUGCACUACUCAACCAUUCUCACCAAUCCUGUCAUUAUAAGGUCUGGAUUUGCUACUUUAUUGAGAGCAGUGCUACUCAUAGUUCCCUUGAUUUUCAUCAUCAAGCAACUGCCCUACUGCAGAGGCAACAUAAUACACCAUACUUACUGUGACCAGCUAUUUGUAACUAAGUCAUCCUGUGGAAAUAUCAAGGUCAAUAUUAUCUAUGGUCUCAGUAUUGCCCUACUGAUUGGGGGUUUUGACAUUCUGUGCAUCAUCACCAUCUCCUACACCAUGAUCCUGCAUGCAAUGGUCAGCCUCUUCUCAGCAGAUGCUCGGCAGAAGGCCUUCAGCACCUGCACUGCCCACAUCUGUGCCAUUGUUUUCUCCUACACUCCAGCCUUUUUCUGUUUCUUUUUCAAUCGCUUUGGGAGCAAUGUCAUCCCUCCAUCUUGUCACAUCCUUGUGGCCUAUGUCUACCUGCUCCUGCCCCCCACUAUGAACCCUAUUGUCUAUGGGGUGAAAACUAAGCAGAUACAAGACUGUGUUGUAAGGAUCUUUUCAAGUUGCAAGGAUACAAAACCACACAGCAUAUAA